UGUUUUCUUUUCUUUUGUUUGGCUAGAAGCAUAAGGCUUGGUCUGAACAAUUAUUUUUGUCAUGUGAAGCGGUUUGGUUUCAUUAAUUUGACAGGUAUCAUCUUCAACCUCAUCGUCAUCAUCUGGAUUCAAAUAUGAUGUAUACUUGAAUUUUAGACAUCUAGAUACUCACGAUGGAAUCACGGUUCACCUUUACACACAAUUGGUAGAAGCAGGAAUCAGGGUCUUCAAUGAUAGAUAUGACCUCAGUCCCGGAAAAGAGAUUGGGCUGGAGCUAAAAGAGGCACUCAUGCGGUCGAGGAUCUCAAUAGCCAUCCUCUCCAAAAAUUAUGCUUUCAGUGAAUUUUGCCUCAAUGAGCUGGUACAAAUGUGGGAGUGCAGAAAAACAAAUGGACAGAUUUUUUUCCCUAUUUUCUAUGAUGUUAGUCCCUCCGAUGUAAGGCACCAGGCUGGGGAUUUUGGAAGUUCCUUCAAUAUCCAUGAGAUAGACAGAGUCGACUCAAAUACCAUCGAAACAUGGAAGGAGGUUCUUCGACAGAUCGGGCGAUUAAGGGGAUUUAGUCCGAGGGACCUAAAUGGGCACGAGGGCGAGCUCGUAAAAAGAGUUGUUGCACAUGUGGUGCAACUGUUGAAGAGGGAGGACCAAGUUGUAACCGACAAAUUAGUUGGAAUUGAUCUUCAUGUUCAAGAGAUGAUGGCAAAGCUUGGUGUAGCCUAUGGCGAGGGACAAGCGGUCGAAGUACGAGGAGGAGAGGUACGCGUUGUUGGAAUAUGGGGUGUGCCCGGUGUCGGAAAGACUACACUUGCAAAGGUUGUCUUCAAUAAGAUGCAUAAGUCAUUUGAUGCAAGUAGCUUCCUUGAAGAUAUUAGUUUGGAAGGAGUCCCACUUUCACAACGACUGUUGAUUACCGACCUUCUAAAACAAAAGUCUGCACCACUUGAAUCUUCCAGUGAAGGGAUUGAAGAAAUAGCAAGUCUAUGUCGUAAUGCAAAGGUUCUUAUUGUGCUUGAUGACGUGGAUGAGGAUGAACAGAUUAGAGCAUUAGCUGGGAAGCUUACUUGGUUUGGUUCAGGAAGUAGAAUCAUCGUGACAACAAACAAAAGAGAGGUUUUGAAUGCUUUCGAUUUUGGAGCUGUUGAUAGUCAGACAGUUGAGAAAUACAAGCUUGAACCAAUGAGAGAUCACGGUGCCCUUCGGCUCUUUCGUGAGCAUGCUUUUGAAGGGAAAACUCCCGAAGGUGUUUCUGAGUAUGAUUCCUUGUCCAGAGACAUUGUUCAAGUUAUUGGAGGGCUUCCUUCGGAUAUUGUUCGUCAUGCUUCCUUUUUACGUGACAACAUGAACAUAUAUACAUGGAAAACAACCUUGAAAUUAUUGCGAGAAAACCCGAAAAAUAGGCAAGCUGCCUUUCGAGUCAGUUAUGCAAGAGGAUCAGAGCUUGAAAUUUCCAUUGAAGACAAUCAACUCUCACAUCCAAUCUAAGAUUCAUCAAUUAACCAAAGCCCAUUUGUUAGUUAGGCAAGCAAAUGAGGAGGAAGAAGCCCUGCACUUUUGGAGUUUUACUGCAUUGCACAAAUCUUGAUACAAUUCAAGGCUGGAGGGUUGAAUUGCAAGUUUUCACGUGUUUUGAAGUUCCUAUUGACUUUUAUAUUUCCUAAUUACCGCUAUAAAUAUAUGGCACAUUCUCCAUUGUAAGAAUUCACAUUUGAGUUGAAUUGCAAGUUUUCAUGUGUUUUAAAUUUCCUAUUGACAUUUAUAUUUCCUAGUUACCACUAUAUAUAUGCGGCACAUUCUCCAUUG